AUGCUGGUCAUUGCUGACACAAUUAAUCAUCGUAUCGUGCAAUGGAAAAUGGGUGAUAAGAAUGGACAAGUUGUAGCUGGUGGCCAUGGGCGAGGAAAUCGAUUAGAUCAAUUGAAGUUUCCAAGUGAUGUGCUGAUCGACAAAGAAACUGAAAGUCUCAUUAUUUGUGAUUCAGGAAACCGACGAGUCCUACGAUGGUCUCGAUGUAGUGGUACAGCUCAAGGUGAAAUCCUCUUCGAUGACAUCGAUGGUUGGGGAUUGGCCAUGGAUGAUCAGAGAUAUCUGUACAUCUCUGACACCGUCAAACAUGAAGUAAAACGAUUUCGAAUAGGAGAUAAGAAUGAAACUAUCGUGGCCGGUGGUUAUGACAAAGGUGAUGGUCUCAAUCAACUAAACAUGCCGACCUACAUCUUUGUUGAUCGACAACAGACUGUCUACGUGUCUGAUUUCAGAAAUCAUCGUGUAAUGAAAUGGAAUAAAGGUGCUACAGAAGGGUGUGUCGUCGCUGGAGGUCAAGGUGAAGGAAAGGCUUUGACGCAAUUGUCGUCUCCUCGAGGACUGUUCGUCGAUACAUGGGGUAAUCUCUAUGUGGCGGAAUCGGGAAACCAUCGAGUAAUGCAGUGGUCUAAAAGAACAAACCAGGGCACUGUCAUUGUGGGUGAAAAUGGCGAAGGAAAAGGACCAAAUCAGUAUUCUAAAUAUGAUCUUAAUUUUAAAUCGUGGCCAAAAUCUAAAUUUGAUUUUGUUUGUCAAUCAAUUCGGUCAGAACAAGUUCGAUCAUUGUCAUUGUCUAAUGCUGAUGAUACAUGUCGACAAAUACACUUAUUUUUUGGAUUAUUCUAUAUUGGACAGUUUGUUAAUCUUGAGUCAUUAGUAUUAAUCGAAAUUCCUGAACAAGACUUGAAUAAAGUGGUUACAAAAUUUAAUCUUCUAUCAAAAUUAUCUUAUUUAUCGAUUAAACUUGCACAUGGUUUAAUGCCCAAAAUAACAGCACCAUCACUAAAGUAUCUAUCAAUUGGCAUUUGUUCAAUGAGUCAGUUACAACAAUUAUUAUUGUCUACACCCAUCUUGACGAAAUUAGAUGUUCAAUUAAUUGCUGAUACUACUCCUGCAGACAGCACUUUUCUUCCACCAAUCAUCACAACAGAAAUUCUUCAAUUAAAAAUCGAAAUUGCCGAAAAAUCAAACAUAACAUUUAAUGACAUUACAGUAUUAUUUGCAUGGAUGCCAAAAUUAAACAAAUUUACAUUUAUUGCAGCAAAAGGAGUAAAAUUUAUUCAUGGUGAACAAUGGGAAUAUCGAAUUCGUACAUAUUUACCACAAUUAAAAGAAUUCCAUUUUAAAACUCAUCCACAUUUAUAUGAUACAAAUAUAGAACAAUUAUUAGCAAUAUUUCAAACAUCAUUCUGGUUAAAAGAACAUCAAUGGUUUGUUAAUUGUGAUCAUCAUCAUCUUCCAUAUAUUGGCUACCUCAACCCACGUAAUGUUCAUUUAUAUACUUUACCGUACAGUGAUGAACAAUUUUAUUUGAGUUUAUCAACAAAAACAUUAACAAACGUUUGCAAAGAUGAAUAUUGUACAAUAAAAAAUUUAUAUUUUUCAAUUGACUAUCAGUCAUUAUAA